ACGUCGGCAGUAUAGCAGCCGAAGAAUGCCGUGAAAGUUUCUGUACAAAGUACAAUUGAUCUACAAUUGAUAUUUUCCGCAAUACUUAUCUGAUGUUCGGUCAGGGUGUCCCAUACUCAUGAUAUUUAUGACAGUGGAAUGGCGUUAGUAAAUCAAUUACAAAAAUUUUCGAGAUCAAUUCUCGGUAUUGCAUCAAAUUAUUCAAAAUAUACAAGCAACACAACGUUACCCUUUUUGCAGGCAACAAGAGGAAUAUCGACCACGCAACCACUUUCAGAAAAACAAGAAGUAAAUAUAACGUUUGUUAAAGCAAGUGGAGAGAGAAUCAAAGCAAAAGGGAAAGUUGGAGAUACUAUAUUAGACAUAGUAGUAAAUAAUGAAAUUGAUUUAGAUGGAUAUGGUGCUUGUGAAGGAACAUUAACUUGUAGUACGUGCCAUUUAAUAUUUUCGAAAGAAGUUUAUGAUGCACUUCCUGACAAACCAACAGAUGAAGAAUUAGACAUGUUGGAUUUAGCAUAUGAAUUAACAGAUACGUCACGGCUAGGCUGUCAAAUAGUAAUGUCUAAGGAACUAGAUGGAAUUGAGGUAAGAGUUCCAUCAACAAUUAAUGAUGCAAGAGCAUAACUGAAAUUAUCUAUAGGUUUUUGAAAAUUUGUAUACAAUGUUAUACAUCUCUUGUUAAAAAACCCUUGUUAUAAUUAUUAAAAUAUUGGUAUUAAAAAAAUAUAAUAAAGAAUCUUGUGUUUAAAUGUGAAGCUUAUAUAUAUACAUAUGUUAUAUAGUAUAAUUGCAAUUUUGAUAUUUGUACAUUGCCAUUGUAAAAAGCCUAUCCAAUUAUGAAGAAAAUAUAUCUUUUAUUUUUAAUAUA